UCCUUCACCACAGUACGGGGAGAUAGCCCCCGCAAGAACUAAGUCAUCGUGGUGAAGUUCUUUUUCACCCUCGACACCCUAGCUGCUGUCGUUAACGUUUGCUGCGGACUUCUUGACGAGAUUUUACCUGUCCUUCCAUGCUGUUCGUUCUGAGGUUUGCUUCUUUCUUUUUGCGAUCCAGUUCCGGAUGGCUCAGCCGUGCUUCCAAAAUGAAUAUUUUGACAGGUUGCUUAAUGUUUGCAAACCUUGUCACCUUCGAUGUCUUAAUACCCCUCCCUCACCAUGUCAGCGAUAUUGCAGCGCAAUGAAAGGAACAAAUACAAUUCUCUGGACCUGUCUGGGCCUGAGCUUGACAGUUUCUUUGACGGUUUUCGUGUUGAUGUUCUUGCUAAGGAAGAUGAGGUCUGAACCAUCAAAGGACGCAUUUAAAAACACAGGAUCGGCUCUCCGGAACGAGGCAGAGGCUGACCAACGCGAGAGCCGUGAGAGCAGGACUGGAGCGAAAGUACUCCUCUCGAGGGGUCUGGAGUACACAGUCGAAGAAUGUACCUGUGAAGACUGUGUCAAGAACAAAUCCACGGUCGAUUCUGACCAUUCCUUUCCGCUCCCGGCUAUGGAGGAAGGUGCAACCAUUCUCGUCACCACGAAAACAAAUGACUACUGCAAUAGCCUGGUAGCUAGUGUCACAGAGAUGGAAAGAUCCAUUUUUACCAGAUAAUUGACCAUGUUGCCUGGUAUCGAGCUGCUUUGAGCAUCUUUUGUCAGAAGGCAGGAGGGCGAUGUAUCCCAUCUCUUUAGGAUGAUUGUAUGUGUCAGUUGCCGAUAGAGCUUUUUUGGUCCUGUAAUUCCAGCCAAUCGUUAUGUUGGCUAUACUUCCCUACUUCAUUGUUGGGAGCCUAACUGUGUAAAUUUCCUUGGUUUAACGAUUAAAUUCUUGACUCACUGAAAAAAA